GUCGCGCUCGGCGGGCCGGGACGCUGGCGCUCCGCGAACGGCACGGGGUCCCCGCCAGCGAAGGGUGCUUGGAGCGGGGAGCUGCUCGCCUAGCUUUCCCCGCCCGAUGUCGCCGUCCAGCUGCUGAUCGAGUCCCCCAGCUGAUCCCGCUCCACUGUGGGGCUGCGGAGGUCCCGGGAGAGGCAGGAAGGCUCCUUCGCAGAGUGGGAAUGGAGGUAAACUGUCUAACACUAAAAGACCUGAUCAGCAGGCCGCCCAGACUAGAUUUUGCAAUUGAAGAUGGGGAAAAUGCACAAAAGGAAAAUAUAUUUGUUGAUCUCUCAAGGAUGGCCCCAAAGACGCCAAUAAAAAAUGAGCCAAUUGACUUGUCAAAGCAAAAAAUCUUCACUCCAGAAAGAAAUCCCAUCACUCCGGUUAAGCUUGCUGACAGACAGCAGGCAGAACCAUGGACGCCCACUGCUAACCUGAAGAUGCUCAUUAGCGCCGCCAGCCCAGACAUAAGAGACCGAGAAAAGAAAAAAGGACUGUUCAGGCCCAUUGAGAACAAGGAUGAUGCGUUUACAGACUCCCUGCAGCUUGAUGUUGUAGAUGACAGUGCUGUGGAUGAGUUUGAAAAGCAAAGGCCAAGCAGAAAACAGAAAAGUUUAGGACUCCUGUGCCAGAAGUUUCUAGCUCGCUAUCCAAGUUACCCUCUGUCAACUGAAAAAACUACCAUCUCCCUGGAUGAAGUUGCUGUCAGUCUCGGCGUUGAAAGGAGACGCAUCUAUGACAUUGUAAACGUGCUGGAGUCGUUGCAUCUGGUCAGCCGGGUGGCCAAGAAUCAGUACGACUGGCAUGGUAGGCACAGCCUGCCCAAAACCCUGAGGAACCUCCAGAGAUUAGGAGAAGAGCAGAAAUAUGAGGAGCAGAUGGCACACCUCCAGCAGAAAGAGCUCGACCUGAUAGAUUAUAAAUUCGGAGAACGCAGAAGAGAUGGCUGUCCCGAUUCCCAAGAUCCACAGUUACUGGAUUUCUCCGAAGCAGACUACCCAUCCUCAUCUGCAAACAGUCGGAAAGACAAGUCUCUGAGAAUUAUGAGCCAGAAGUUUGUCAUGCUGUUCCUGGUCUCCAAAACCAAGAUAGUUACUCUUGAUGUGGCUGCCAAAAUACUGAUAGAAGAAAGCCAAGAUACGCCAGACCAUAGUAAAUUUAAAACAAAGGUACGACGCCUCUAUGACAUAGCCAAUGUGCUGACCAGCUUGGCGCUGAUAAAGAAAGUGCAUGUCACGGAAGAUCGAGGCCGGAAACCUGCCUUCAAGUGGAUCGGCCCUGUGGAUUUCAGUUCCACAGAUGACGAUCUUGUGGAUGUUUCUACACCUGUCCUACCAGAAUUGAAAAAAGAAAUAUACGGCCACAUUCAGUUCUAUGCAAAACAGAAACUUGCUCGACAUGGCUCCUUUAACUCAGAGCAGGCUUCUGAGAGGAUACAGAGGAAAGUGAACUCAGAACCCAGCAGCCCUUACAGACAAAAACAAGGAUCAGGAGGCUACUCCUUGGAAAUUGGAAGUCUGGCAGCUGUCUACAGACAGAAAAUAGAAGACAACUCAAAGGCGGAAGCUUUUGCCAGCCAGAGCGCGAUGCCCCUGUCGAGCAGCCUGGACCCCGCCGCUCCUCUCCCCGGCCUGUGUGUUGACUCGGAAUACUGUGUGAGCCCCUCGUCCUGCCAAGUCCUCCCUGCGGCCCAGACAGAGGCGAAGGCCUCGUCGGCCCAGAACGGUCUGAGCGGCGGAGGCGUCUCCCUGGCCGCCGCGGCGCCGGACGGGGAGCCCCUGCCGCCGGCCGUGGCGGCCGCCGGGCCCCUGCUCUACGUGCCGCCCGCCCCGCUGUUGAUGCUGUGCGGGGGCCUGCAGGAGGGGCCGCCGGGGCCGGGCGCGGGCUCCGCGGGCGGCGGCGGCUCCGAGGGCGCGGCAGCCGGGCAGCCCCCCGUGCCCGCGGGUCAGAAGCGCCUGAGCAGGGACAGGAAGCCCCAGCAGGAGGACGAGGCGCCGGCCACCAAGAGACAGAGCAGGGGCCACGGGGCCGGCCCCCUCGCCCUUGUCGUGCCCAAGAAACCUUCAGAUUCCACAGACAUCGCCUCUCCCAAGACCUCUGCACCCCAUGAAGACACUCACACGAACAGGCAACUUUCUGCUGCAAAAGCAGUUUUGGGAAAGGCUACCACAAACAGCUUCGUCUCUUCUGACUGGGAAAAUCCUUCUAGAAAUACAGAGAUAGAAAAGCCUUCGAAGGAAAAGGAGAGCACCAAAGAGCCCUCUCUGCUGCAGUAUCUUUAUGUGCAGUCGCCAGCAGGAUUAAAUGGUUUCAACGUGCUCUUGUCUGGCAGUCAGAGCCCCCAUGCUGUGGGCCUGCCCGUGGGCCCGCUGCCCCCGCUCAGCGUUCCGUGCGUGGUCGUGCCGUCGCCGACCCUGGGUGCCUUUCCUGUUCUGUGCUCUCCCACGGUGCCCGGACCGGGGUCCUCUGCUCCCAGCCCUCUCCCGAACGCGGGACCUGUGAAUUUUGGCUUGUCUGGCCUCGGAUCAACAGCUCAUCUCCUCAUCAGCCCUGCCGCCCUGGUUAAUCCAAAGUCGUCCACACUCCCCUCCACAGACCCUCAGCUUCAGGGUCCAUGCUCACUUCACCUGAGUCCGGUGAUGUCAAGGUCACAUGGCAGCGUGCAGCCUGGAUCCCCCGCUUAUGGAGGUCACCCAGUCCCCGCAGUAAAAUCACAACAGUCUCCAGUUCCAGUGACCCCCAAGAGCAUCCGGUGCACACACCAAGAGACGUUUUUCAAGACGCCUGGCAGCCUCGGGGACCCUGUCCUCAGGGGAAAAGAAAGGAAUCAGUCACGAAGCUCCAGCUCGGCACAGAGGAGACUGGAAAUCCCCAGCGGGGGUGCAGACUAACCUGAUGCUUUGCCCAGCAGAGGUGAGGAUCCAGGCGCCUGAAUUUCCCUUUGUCACAGGUCAUGUCCUAAUGCUGAACCGAAACCAGCAUGCAUCCUUCCUCUCUCCUGCAUCCCCUGGUUCUAAUGUUAACUAUCCAUCUUCAUGAAGCAUCUAUAUUCCUGCAAGUAAUUGUUCCUAAUUGUGCAUUUCAUACCAGUUAGUGUCCGACUCUGUACGUGGUGUCACAGUGGAAGCAUCAGCUGACUUCUGUCAUUUUCAUUCAGGAAUCAUCUUAUUGCUGGAAGGAAAUCUGAAUAGCCUCCUGGAACCUUGUGGUUUUUCUAAAGGGGAGGGGCGCGUCUAGCACUUAACUGGGGUGAAUGUUCUUGACGUGUAUUACCGCUCACCCCGAGUAGAUCUGUGGUGAGAGAAACUUCCUUUCUGCAGUUUAAAAAAGCUACUGCUUCCUUCGGCUUCAUCAGGAAGCCAGCUUCAGUUGUGAAUCCUAUGGUAUUAUUUAUUUUGUUCGUGAAGUGGGAUUUAGUGCAAAAAAGUUUACAACGACAGCAAAACACAUAUUUUUCAGGGUAUGACGACUUGAAUGUUUGUACUUUUUUCCUAUAAUUUGCCCUGCACUUACUUUACAACCUAGUAAUAAUGUGGAUAAAUCUAUAUACAUGACGGAAUGUCAAGACCAAAAUAACUGUGAAUGAUACACCUUGCUAUAAUGAACUGUGCUAACCCAACCUGGGCGUGAGCAUUAAGAUGAACUCUAGCAGCCAGAUAGCUGCUGCUCAAUAACUGUGUGAACAGUGAGGUUUUACUGAUCAUUUGCUUAAAAAAAAAAAAAAAAAGGAAAAAAACCUACCAUGUUCAGUUUCCUUCACUACAUGCCCUUGUGGUUUUUUAUUUAAAUGUUAACUGUAGAGUAUCAGGUAUGGGACGUCUUCUAGCAAUUGCUUUUUUAUUGAAUAAAUCAGGAUGGUAGAAAGGAAUUCUACAGAAAAUUGAGACCUAGUUGGGAUGUUUUAGUAGAAUUCUGAAGAAUGACAAUGUAAAGAUUGAUAUAGGACAAUAGGUGAUGCUUUUUUUUUUUUUUUUAACUUUUUUUCUUCAUGUUGGGAAGAGUAAGAGGGAAAACAGACACAUUAUGUUUAGAAUCCCAAAGAAUUCAAACCACAGUGAUUUUUUCAUAGAAGUUCUGCAAAAUGAGAACAGAGUGCAGGGGAUCAUUGUUCUAGCAUAAAUGCAAUUCUAGAGACUUAUCAGUAUCCCUUUGUCAAACUGUGCUCCUUGAGGAUUUCAUUAAGUAGCAGAACUAGAUCUUUGCAUGCCUAGAUGUGUUGAUACUUACCUCAUGGUCUUUUCAGAACAGAUGGCUUCCUCCUCCCCCCCAACCCUCCCUCCCUCUCCCCCUUCAUUUUCCCCUCCUUUCCUUCCUUCCUUUCUUUAUUCCUUUCUCCUUCUUUAAACUUUUAAAAUUUGGAGUCUUGGUGUAGGAUUUUAUUUUUAUUUUUGGACCCAAAAUGUUAUAUGAAAGAAUAAAAAUAUUAAUUUAAGAGACUCUGGGAGUCUGAUAAAGUAGCUUUAUAUUAACUACAGGAUGGUAUUAGCCUUAUCACCCCCAUGAGAUUGUUGAAAACUUGAGGUAGGUAGCCAGAUUAAAUAAAUUUGCUAUUAUAUAAAAUUUUUAUCAACACUAAACUUUUAAAGUUUACAAGAUGGUUUUUUCCCCUCCUUUUCAUAGUCUUCUCUAGAGUUAAACAGAUAAAAAGUCCAGUCCUCAUCUUCUGCUAGUCUAAUUGUAUGGUAAUGAUUACCCUGAAGUAAUAGGAUGGAUUUCCUAUCGAAACAAAAAUAUCCUUUUUUCAAGUAGAUUGUAAAACACACGGCAUAUAAAUCCAUACAAGACACAUACAUUUUAAAUAUAUCAUGCUUCAGACCAUCCACAAAAUAUUUUCACUUCAGAGGGCUACAUUUAGAUGAAAAUACAGACUGAUUUUCCCCUCACUGUUCUUGGAUGCCUGCCACUUUAACUUCUCAAUCCUUUUUUAAUUCUGUUCGUGGUAUGACCAUAUAAACCUCAGAAGAUUUACGGUUCUUGAGGAGUGUUAACAGACAAACCCAUAAAUGAGACUAUGAUUCUGUGACCAUACUUAGCCAUAGAAAAACCAAGAGCAGGCUCCUUUUGCAUUCAGUACCCACUUCUUCACGUGGCUCCGUGGCGUGUAGAAAUGAUAAUGCAGUGAUCAUUUCUCUCGGAAUAUGAAUCUGUUUGUUACAGAGCAGCUGAUAGUAGUGGAACAGCUGAGCUAGAUGUGCAUGUUAGAGGUGGUGAAGAAGCCUUGGUGGCAAUCUUGAGUCUAUCAUUGUAUAAUUUCGUAAAAGAAAAAAAAAAAAAAAAAGAUUGUCCGUGACCCUGCUAAGGAAAUGCAGCUCUGAGUCAGCACUGAGGGAGGUGUGUGUGUGCCCUGCACUGUCCAGGGUUUGUGAAACCCUUUCAUUCUGGUACAAGAGUUGGGGGUAUAACUUUUAUACUUGAAUCUACCUACCAAGUUUACAUUUCUCGAUUCCUUUUUGUAAGGUGCUAUUUCUGUAUUUAAAGAACGUUUUCUCCCAGUGUAAAGCUGCUUUCUGCUUUAUCUUAUUGCACUGCUAGUUUUGUGUAGGUAUUUUAUUGCUGCUUACUGCUUUCUUUUGUAUCACGUAGCUCUGCUCUAUCUUCUAAUGGCUAUAUUAUCUAUAUAAUUUUUUUGUUUUUUCUUUUAGCAAAGUAUUAAGCUUUAUAAAAUAUCAAUAAAAAUUAAUUCAUUUUAACGA